AUGAAAAUACUUCCAUUAAAAAUAGAUUUAACUAAUGAAACAGGUAAUAAUGAUAUGGAUAAGCUUAAAGAUAUGUUAAAAGAACUAGAAAUGUCAUAUAAUUGUAUUAAAUUGUUAGCAGAGAAAUAUGUAAACAUGGAUGAUAAAUUACAAAUGAUGGAUAUACUGACCAAAGAAUCUGUUAUUAGAGAUAUUCUUAAAGAGCAAGAGGAAAAUGGUAUUGGAAGUUGUGAAAAAGUAUCUUAA